AUGGUCUACCUGUGGGGCCUUGUAGCAUCAAAACAGAGUAAAAGGCUGAACUCCUUCGACCGACAUCAAGAUCGUUCGGUAUUUCGGCCAUCAUAUGGAAGUAUGUGCGAUAGAUUAAUGGCAACAAAUAAUGUGCCGCUGCUGUUGAUGUCGGCAACAUGCCGACCUGUGGUGCUUGAGGCCAUCACAUCAAAUUUGAAGCUGCAACCAGAAGACAUCAAAUUGAUCGAUGGGGAGCUGACUCGGCCCGAAAUUAGGUUGAUACGGGUCUCAAUGCAGUCAACACUGAAAUCCUGUGAUGAUUUGCUCAGGAUUUACGCCCCCCAGACAGUGGCUCCUGCAGACCAAGUGGUUCCAACGAUCAUCUACUCUGGGACUCGGAAUGGGACAUUUCAAGUGAUGAGGGUUGUCAAUGAGGCCCGCCACACAAAAUGGCAUGAAUACGACCCUUUGGAUUCAUUCAUUCGUCGAUUUCACUCAGUUACUGGGGACGAAGACAAGACUGAGAACAUGGCCGACUACGCCAAAGGCAAAUACCCGGUGAUUUCGGCUACUAUGGCCUUAGGUCUGGGGCAAAACUUGAAGCGCGUGCGAUGUGUUAUUCACAUGGGGCGUGGAGACCCAUCAUCAAUUGUUCAAAUGGUCGGGCGCUGUGGACGCGAUGGAAAGAGCGGUUUGGGCAUCCUGUUCAUGGAGCCAAUUAGGAAGAAAGGGAAAAACAAUGUGGCUGCCUUUGCAUCAAAGGGAAUUCAGGAUGAUGAUGAUCGUAUGGAUGCUUUGGCGGUCACUCCAGUCUGUUUGAGGAUUGCACUCACAAUCGAUAACAAACAUGGUUACAUCCCAUUGGCACUUGAAGACCCAGCCUAUCAAGAAGAAAAAAAGAGGGAACUUUCCAAGGGUUUUGACAUUUGCCGCUGUUCGAAUUGUUGCCCGGCCGAGGCUGAGGCAAUUCUGAAUUUGGCACAGCAAAUGACGGUAAACAACUUUGAUGCAAUCCUCGCGGACCCCCUGGCGACACCAAAGGACAGCUCAAUUGUUACAAUGACCCGCAAGGCAAAGCCGCGAAGGCCCAAGGGGACCUGUAGGCUGGCCCCUGAGGUGGCCGCAAACCUUAUAUCGUACUUGGUUGAAGACUUCAAGUUGUUCUAUUCUCAAGCACUAGGGCCAUCAGCAGAAUUCGAGGCUUCAGAUUUCUUUGGAUUGUCACACGCAACCGCGAUCGUGGCACAUUUUGACCAGGUCUGCGGGGCCAUUCCACACAACACCGAGCUGGCCGAGAGGCUAAUGGGUGGGGAGUUCUUUCCUGACCAGACGAGAUGGCUUGAUCAGUCUAUCAGCAAUUGGAUGGAGGGGGAAGUUUAUCAAGAUAUCCUGCGGCAUGAGGCAUUCAUUGUGUCUGAGGAGGUUCGAUUACGUGAAGAGAUUGAGGCAAAUUCUGAGGCUUUGCUAAUUGAAAAGGCAGCAUGGACGGCAGAAAAAAAAGCAAGGGCUCAAGCGGUUGUGGCAGCGGCGGCACUAGUGAGGAAGGAGGCUUCUGACGCGGCCAAGAAGGCAAGGACCGAGGAGCAAGCAGCUGAAAAGAAGAGAAAACAGGAGGCAUCAAGGCUCGUGAAGGAAGCGGAACAAGAUCGCAAGCGGUUCGAGGCUGAACUGAAGAAAGCACAACGGCUUCAAAAGCAAGCAGACGAGGCCUUUCAAAAGCAGGAGGCACGCAGAUUGCGUAAUCUGGCCGCUGCAGAAGCGAGGGCCGUGGUUGCAGCAAAAAAGGCGGAUGACAAACGGAUUCGUAAAGAAACAAAAGAGAGCAACAAGAAACGUGCGAGCGACAAUCGAGACCUUCGAGGAAUUGUCUCAAGGAAGAAGCAAUCAACUAGAGAGGAAAUGAGACAUGAAUUGGAGGUGUACAACACACAUGUAGCCUUGGUACAUCAAGCCCCGGGGGCAUCUCAAUCUGCUGGGGACUCAUGA